AUGGCUGACCUCUGUACGGACUACUUCUCUAACCUCUACAGUGGCGAGACGACCAUCUCACGGAACAGGUCCUUUUGGGACCAUGUCUUCCCUUCUUCCCUUCCUGCUGACUGUCUGUCCCGCCUGGAUAAGCCCUUGUCCGCCUCGGAAAUCGAGAACGCUCUUUCACGACUGGCCAAGGGUAAAACUCCUGGGUUGGACGGACUGCCUGGUGAGGUGUUCCGCUCUCACAGGAAACUGUUCGCCCCGAUUUUUCAUAAGCUCU